UAAAAAAAAAAAAAGUAAUUAAAGAAAACGGCCGAGCUACCCAAUGCAUUAAUGUUGCAGCGGACCAAACGGACCAUGUAAUGACUGGCUUGUCCUCCUGCUUUUUAAGGCAUCCUUAUCACAGUAUUUGUGUUGCUAGCUAUACAUAGUAUAAAUAGAUAUAAGUGUUAACAAAAAAUAUUUAGAAGAGCAGCUUCCUUAACAAGGAAGCAAAAUACAUUAUCCGAAGUCAGAAAGGAGUAGACUCGAGCACUUCGUGCUUUAUACGAGAUGUAUCAAGAAACUGGUUUUGACGAGCUGCCACUGGAUGGGAUGCAUCCUGGCAUGUAUUUCGGCGAUGGUGUUUGUGGGGAAAACUCAAGAACAGAAGGAAUCCUGGACAAUUCUAUGAGUACCUCAUCUCAAACUUGGGGAAAACCAUUGUCAGACAGCGAUUCGGGAGAAAGUCUGUUUCUGACUCAGCGCGAUACACAGCCAGUGAGAACUCUGAAAAGACAGAGACCAGAGCAGAACGCUCUGAAUCAGUUUGCUGCUGAAGACGAAGAGUCCGACAGUCCCGACAGACAGUGGGAGACAUCGUCGCAACCAAGAAGGACCCGCAAGUUCAGCCAGCUGAGAUGGAGAAGGCAUAGCCACAAACGCUUGUCCCGACGCAAGUCUUUGACCUGUGAGCUUGGAGCACUUGGCGGCUUUUUCAAAUGCGUCAUGAAGAUGAAGGCAGAAGGUUUUAAAGUGUCUAAGCGGCCAAGAAAACGACCCUGCCAGGACACUAGGAGAUGUAUAUCCCCACCAUCAGAUUUUUGCGAAGGAGAGGACUGUGAAGAUGAUGACAUCAAAAUUGUGGACUUGAAAGAUUUAAUUCCAAGAUAUAAAAUAGCACGGAAGGGGUACAACCCAUGGCUUGACGGGAAUGACGCACUGGGUACUGUGGCUGAGGAAAUGAAAGACUCGUCCGAAACAACGCCAGACUUUUCGGACCCGUGCAGCGAAUCUUCAGGAUCCAACAGAAAAGCCAGCAGCUGGGAGGACGAAUGUUCGGAGAGCGAGAGCGAAUCUCGGCCUGUCCGACGCCCCAGCUCUGACAGGCUCUCCAGCUGUGUGACAGAUGCCUUAGCCAGUUGUUUUAGGCAGGAUGAGAUGCAGCAAAAGGGGACUAGAGCAUCAGUCCCAGAAACAAGCCCUGGAGUAAAAAAGCUGAGGGCAAUGAGGAAAGACAUGGUCAAAAAGCAGUGUGUGGCUGGGAAGAGGCCUCCAUAUACAACCAUGAUCCAAGCUGACGUCAAUGAAAAGGAGGGUAGAACUGAACACCUCCGAUUGUGGGACUCGCCAGUGAUGCAGCUGUUGGAUCCGGGAGAUGGAGGAAAUUCACAAGCCAAGGAGACGGGAGGAGAAGAAGGGAGCCCGCGGGAAGCAACAUCUCGAAGGGACAGAGAACAAAGGAGAGGCGCUAUAGAGAACUGUGCUGGGGGCAAAAACAAGAUCUUCCCUGUGCCUAUGAGGACAUGGGAUGCAUGGGAGGAUGACGAAACGAAUGUAAACUUACAGGGUUGUGUGCAUGAGGAGACCGUAACUGUACCGGACUCAGUCCAGGUUGAUACUGCGGAUGGAGAGACGGAUGCAGUGGAAGAUACAGUGCAGAGUGUAACGAAGGGUCAGCCGGCUGGACUCCUAAGGGAGGAGGAACAAAGUAAAGGAACAGAGAUCGCUGGUGAAGAACCUGUAGGCCUGCCCUCAGAUAGUCUGCCUGCAGAGGAAGGGACUGCUGGGUGUGCAGUUGAGCCUGAGCCCCACACUCAGCCUUCCAGGGAUUGUCAGCACCAAACCCAGGUCAGGGAAUCCUGCUCCAGUGCCGGUGAAAGAGAGCGUGACAUCAGCAUCCCUGAACAUGUAGGUGAGUCUGCUUCCAGUGACAUCACUUGUGAAGAAGGGUUAAGCAAGAGGAAGAAAAAGAAAAGAAAAAAGGAGAAGGACGACCAGGAGAUUGUGGAGGAGCACAUAAAUGAACCACUGUCUGAAACUCUCAGUGGCAGCCUUCAUCCGACGCAGGACAUGGAGAGGAAUUCAGGAGUUGGUUCAGGUGAAUGUUCUGUCUUGGUCUCUGGAGUUUCAGAACCUGUAGGUGCUUCUGGUGAUGUCGUAGCUGAAGACGGGGGAAGGAAGAAGAAGAAAAAGAAAAGAAAGAAGGAUGAUGGUGGAAAUGUGGAAGAGCAUGCAAGUGAACCAACAUCUGAAACUCUCAGUGACAGCAUUAACCUGAUGCAUGACAAAGAGAAAGAUUCUGCAGCUGGUGUAGGUGAGCAUUCCAUCUUGAUCUCCAAUAUUCCUGAACCUGUUGAACCUUCUGGUGAAGAAGGGAUGAAAAAGAAGAAGAAAAAGAGGGAAAAAAAGAGUGAAAGCUGUGCAAAUGUGGAGGAAGAAGUUGGCAAACCACAAUCUCAUAAGCUCGAGGACAGUGUGCAUCAGACCAAGUAUAAAGAGAAAAGUUCCACAGCUGAUAUUGAUGGGCAUUCCCUCUUAAAGUCCAGCAUCUCUGAAGCUGUAGGUGACUUUGCUUCAAGUGACAACAUCAGUGAAGAAGGGAUAAGCAAUAAGAAGAAAAAGAAAAGAAAAAAGGAGAAGGAUGACAGUGAGCACGUAAAUGAACCACCGUCUGAAACUCUCAGUGGAGUUGGUACAGGUGAAUGUUGCACCUUGAGCUCCGGUGUUUCAGAACCUGUAAUCUGUGAAGAAGGGAUAAGCAAGAGGAAGAAAAAUGAAAGAAAGAAGAUGGAUGAAAGUGAGAAUGUGGAGGAACACACAAAUGAAGCACCAUCUGCAACUCUCAGUGACAGCAUUCACCUGAUGCAUGACAAAGAUAACAAUUCUGAAGCUGGUGUAGGUGAGCACUCUCUCUUGAGCUCUAACAUUCCUGAACCUGUCGGUGACUCUGCUUCUGGCGAUGUCAUCUGUGAAGAAGGGAUGAGAAAGAAGAAGAAAAAGAAAAGAAAAAAGGAGAAGGAUGACCAGGAGAAUGUGGAGGAGCUUUCAGAACCUGUCGGUGACUCUGCUUCUGGCGAUGUCAUCUGUGAAGAAGGGAUGAGAAAGAAGAAGAAAAAGACAAGGAAGAAGGACACUGAUGACAAUUUGAAUGUGGAAGAGCAUGGAAAUGAAGCACUGUCUGAAACGUUCAGUGAUAGCCCUUGCUUUACACCAGACAUAGAGAGAAGCUCAGGAGCUGGUGUUGGUGGUGAGCAUUUAAUCUGCAAUAUUCCUGAACCUGUAGGUGACUCUGUGUCUGGUGAUGUCAUCUGUGAAGAGGAGAUGAGGAAGAAGAAGAAAAAGAAAAGAAAGAAGGACAACAAUGGAAAUGUGGAAGAGCAUGUCAGUGAACUACCAACUUACACACGGAAUGAGAGUCAGCCAAGGGCUCAAGAUGAAGACGGAAGAGCAGGUGGAGGAGAGUACUUCAGCAGUCAAGAACCUGUCAAUGACGCUGCCUCCGGUGAUGUCAUCUGUGAAGGAGGGAUAAGGAAAAAGAAAAGAAAGAGGGACAGCUGAGAAUAUGGAGGAACAUGUUGGGGAAAUCGCUACAGCGCCUCAUAUGCGCAAGGACAAUUUGUGCCAGACUCUUGAACAGGAAAGAGCUGGUGUAACUGAGUGUUCUCAAAUUGCACUCUAGCACCCCUGAGCAUGCACAUAUUUCCUUGUGAAGUGGUCUGUUAAGAAAGGAUGAGAAAGAAGAUAAAGGAAAAAAAGGGAUGACAGUAGGAAUGUUUGUGAACAGGUCACCAAGUGGAAGAAUAAGUACCAGCCCCAGGAUAAAGUGAAGCGGUUUGGGGCAGAGCACUCCCACUUGAAUUUCAGGAUUGCUGACCCUGUUGGUGACCCUGACUGCUGAUGUUAUGUGUCAAAAAGGGCUUAAAGAAUAAGAAAAGCAAGAGGGACAGCAGUGGGAAUGUGGAGGAGGAUGUUAGUGGGCCACUAUCUCACACACUCAGUCAGUCUACACCAGACACAGUAUAAACCAGGUGAAGGAAAGGAUUCCCAUGUGAACUCCAGCAUUCUUGACCCUGUGGGUUCCUCCAGUGAUAAAUGUCCAGAAGAAAUAAGAAGGAACAAGAGAAUGUGGGAAUGUGGAGGGAAAUGAUAGACAACUACCAUUGUGCAUACUUUGGAGGUCAUGGUGCCAAGAAUUAGUUUUCAGGAGGGCCAAGUGACUGGAGCUAGUAGAGUACCAGCAUGCAAAGAAGAGGUCUAAAGGGGAGCACGAAGAACCUUGCCCACCUCGGCCAAAUGUGACAUUGCCUAUUUACAGGGUUCUAUGGUUUCAGACGGUCUUCCAUCGGUAAAGGUUAAGCAUUGCAGAAGGCAUGACAGGAAAAAAAGCAAAGUCAAUGAUCACAUCCCAUCACACCUGGACCUCCAGUAAAUGAGUCUUGACAAGAGGAGGAAAUAAGUGACUGUGGCCAUGUAUGAACUAAUCAGCUUUGAGUGCAUGGCACAAUAGACAACUGCACCGGUCUACCACAUAAAAACGGAAGAGUUUUCCAGAAAGCAUCACACAGGCUAUAAACAAUCUGACACUAUGAGGGUUUAUAGCCUGUUUUUUUGUUUAUAAUUAACACUAUUAUUUGUUAGAAAAUGCUUCCAUUCACAACAAUAGUUGCUUCCAUUUUUACAAGAUAAGGGCUGGAUAAAAAUUGCUUAACAACACAACACAAACUAUGAUAAAGCAUGUGAGUGAAUCAUUGAAACAUUUGGGGACUGUUUUUAUGGUUUAAGAAAGAUCUUUCAUUGGAUAAUAAUUGUGGAACAUUUGUUAAUUUCUUUCAAUUUCUUCAAUUAUAAAUGCUAUUUGUGAUGUUAUUGGUGAUUUAAUUUCAGAAACAUUUGGGCAUGAAAAGGAUACAUUUGUACUGUAAUGUUUUGACAAAUUAUGCAUUCCCUUGUGGGACUUCGGUUACAGACAACACUUGCUUGGUAAGAACUUGAUUCUGAUGUUUUGGAUGCAUUACCAAGAACUACAUGAGAGCCUACAUUAUUUGCAAUACUAUUGGCGCUUUAAUGAACAGAGUGGGUCAAGACCUUGGCAUCCAGAAGACACUCAUAUAUAGUUAUAAACCAGUGCUACUCAACUCCACGUCCUGCAGGCCACAGUGUCUUCAGGCAUUUGCUUCAACAGUGUGCUACACCACCUGAUUUCACUAAUUAGCUUAUCUGAACCAAGCAGGUAGUGCUGUUCUUUACCUGGGGCUCAUUCCCUUCCAUUAUUUUUUUGUUUUCUUGCUGCUGACCCGGAAAUAGAUUGAGCUACGCCAUCUUUGAGGAUCUUAAUUGUUCCUUCUAGGAGAAAGGAGUAGAAGGUAGGAACUCCCAAUAUUUCCUCUGAGCAAGAAAACAUCAGAUCAUCCUUUGCGGAAGUAUUCUUUUGGAAAGCCUGACGUAUAAAUGACCGGCCUGUGUAUCCACCUCUCCCCCUCUGCCACGUUUGUAAUUGAAAAAGCUUUGAACUGACACUUGAAGGAGCAAGGACAUUCCAUUUGCCUAAUUCACAUUUUCUCGACUUCCGCAUCUUUACUUCCUUUUCUUUUAUCUUUUCCUAAUCUCUCCUGAUGGUUGGAGCCCGGGGCAAGAAAAGGAGAAAGAGGAGGAAAAUAAGUGAUUGGAAUGAGCCCAAUGACUGCACUGGGGCACCAGAUUUCUAUGUUGUUCAGACAGAAGACUGCCCCCUAGGGACCAUACAUACAUACAUCUGAGUUUUUUUUCCAAGGAUUUUUUUAUUUUUUUUUAAACUGAAAGAUUGUGUAACUGUGGGAUUAUUCCUUGAAAAUAAGUGGUUGACCUUGCUCUUGUGUUUUAUAAUUUGUAAAUGUGCUGGUCUUUUGUAUAUGUGAUUAUAAGGUGAAAAGGUACUGCACCUGUUUGCAGGCAUAUAGAUAAAAAUGUGUCAUUCAACUGAAGACAAUUCUAUCAGUAAAGUGGUGCACAUUG